AUGGAGCUUCACUCGGGUGUCAUACCACUAUUGGCUUCCAAUUUGGUUCAACUGUGGCAGGAACUGCAAACAGUCUACGGCCUUGAUGCUGAGCUAAAAAAGCUGCAGAGCUCCGUCGCCAUGAUUCAAGCUGUACUGAAUGAUGCACAGGAGAGGCAACAGAUUAGGAACGUGGUGAAGCAUUUGCUGAAUGAGUUCAGCCAGGCUGCAUAUGAUGCAAAUGAUAUCUUGGACGAGGUGGCAACCGAACGCCAAGGCUGUCAGCUGAUCAAAUAUGCAUCCGUGCGCAAUUUCUUGGCCCCCAUAAACCCUAAGCGCGAACUGUUCAAUCGAGAAAUAUGCAUCAGGGUAAAGGACAGAGAACACAGACUAGAUUCCAUAGCAAGGAGAUGCCCCUUAUCUGAAUUGACUCAGCGCAGUGCACCCCUGAGGCAGCAGAGUUAUCAGACCACCUCGCUAACUCCUUCCCUGGUUCUCGGUCGUGAGAGUGAUAUGCGAAAGAUAAAAAAUAUGUUGCUGCCAUUGGCUGAGGAUUUUGAUACAACGAGCAUUACGAAGACCAUCAUUGAAUCCAUCGAUGGUUUUCGGUGUGACUUUGUCAGCCUUGACAAUCUUCAGAAAGAACUUGGAAAGAAGCUGAGUGGGAGGAGAUACCUGCUUGUUCUGGAUGAUGUUUGGCAUGUGAGCCCACAGGACUGGGAGAGGAUAAAAAACUUCUUGUACUCCGGUGCUCAAGGAAGUAAAAUAAUAGUGACCACCAGAAUCGAAGAAGAUGCUAACUUCAUGGCAACCUCACCCCCUUACCGUUUGGAGGGACUAUCGAAUGAUGAAUGCUGGUGUUUGGUUUGUCAAUAUGCAUUGGCCCGAGAUCGGAAUGCAAUGGUUGAUGUUGAUCCCUACAAGAUGUAUGUCGUCAACAAAUGCAGAGGCUUGCCCUUGGCGGCUAUAGCUUUGGGGUAUAGACUGUCCAGAGAAACUGACAGAAGCAAAUGGAGUGCUAUUUUACAGAGUGCGGCAUGGGAAUUCACCGGUGUGGAUGGAUACAUUUCGGAUGCUGUCAGCUUAAGCUACCAAAUACUUGUCACAAUAUCUUAA